GAGAGAGAGAGAGAGGGUGUGUGGUGUGUUUGAAACCACUAAAAAACGAACAGCUAAUUUGCUUCCACCAAAGCCUCUACUGUUCUUUGUUCUUCUCCAGACAUUCUCUGGUUCAGAAUCUUCGCCAAGAAAAAACAGAGAGAGCGAGGGAUAGCAAAAGCUUCAAAUCCAAUACAGGAAUUGGCUAUGGCGUUUCUUCUGCCAAAUCUAUCUCCUUCUCUGCUUCUCCAAACCGGAAAGUCCCCCAAGGAAAAGCCCAUUUUCAGUGUUUAUCCAUCGUCUUCGUCUUCUUCUACUUGCCCCGAAAUCGAUGAAGAUAGCUUCUCUCUACUCUCUCUCUCUAGCGUUCAGGCUCCUCCUCUUCAAGAUGCGCAGGUUAGCACGAAGCCCAGUGCGCAGGAUAAGUACCGGCACGGCAGAGAUGAUGAGUUCUACGUCAACCUCGGAAUGGCUGUACGGACGCUCCGUGAGGAUUUGCCUCUGCUCUUCACCAAGGAUCUCAAUUACGACAUCUACAGGGAUGAUAUAACGUUUGCGGAUCCCCUGAACACAUUCACCGGGAUCGAGAACUACAAAUUAAUAUUCUGGGCACUCAGAUUUCACGGGAAGAUACUGUUCAGAGAGAUCUCCCUCGAGAUAUUCAGGGUAUGGCAACCAUCAGAGAAUAUGAUUCUCAUAAGGUGGAACCUGAAAGGAAUCCCCAGAGUUCCGUGGGAGGCCAAAGGGGAGUUUCAGGGCACUUCUCGUUAUAAACUCGACCGAAAGGGCAGAAUUUACGAGCACAAAGUCGAUACCUUGGCCUUCAACUUCCCCCGACGGCUCAAACCGGCAUUUUCUGUCCUAGAUUUGGUGGCUGCUUCCCCUGCAAGUCCCAAUCCGACAUUCUUAUUCGCCCCGGCUGAUGCAUACUCGUCUUCUUGGGUUGAGUUCUAUCAGGCAGUGAGACAGACACUGGACCAGCAGCAAGGUAGGAUGCUAGUGCAUGACAGUUUAGUCACGUGCUCAUAGCAGAACUGGGUUACUACUACACCGUCCAAAACUUUUCAGGUGUGUGUAUAUAUAUAUAUAUGUAUACAUGUAGUGGUGUUUUGUUGAAGGUGAUAUACUUGCAGUUGCACACAUACACAGGCGAUCCUGAGUCUGAAUCGAUGUGGUCGAUUUAGGGUAUAUGAAUCAUAUGUAUACAGGAUCUUUUACAGUUGUUUUGGUACAUAGAAGUUGCGUCCUUACGAUCA